AUGCCAAAAAAGAAGCAAGAAAUGUCACAGGUGUAUGGCCAAAGCAAUGAGUUCAUCUUUGGCGAGAAAGGUGGAAGAGGCAAGAAUCUUCUGUCAUUUCUCAAAAACCUCUCAUUAACGGGCAAUUCACAUCUGCUGCUGCUGCUUCUGCUGCUGCUGCAUCAGGGUAGAGGUGGAAAUCCAGAAAGUCUCCGAGAGGCCAAUAGUAAUAUUUACGGGAACUUAUCCUACGGCUUCUCAGGUCAGGAUCACGGAGGAGGAGAAAUUGGUCAAAGGCCGGCAAUGGCUACUAGAAACUCCAAGUUUUCUCGGUCAGUGUCAGCAAGCAACCCUAGAACUUCUACACCCCCGUAUGAUGGUAUCGAUGAUAAAGCCAGCCGGCUGUCCUCUCCUUUCAAUAUCACUCGUGCUAUGAGCGGCUCUGGUUACUCUCCAAGGAAUGCUUACAGAAGACCUACCUAUACCGAUUUGGAUGACGAUUGGGAUGCUGCCAUUGAUGAAGUAAACCAAGGUAAUGCACGUACAAAUGCCCCCUCCCAAGAGAAAUUGGCCAGCUUAGGAUCAGAGGAGAAGCACGGUGGGGCACCUACUAUAAUUGAUUCCCUAUAUCCCGAAUUGACGAUGAGCUCAGGAACUGGAGCCCCUCUACCCAAAGAGCUGAUGGAUUCCCAGGACAAGGAAAUGAAGAUCGAGAUUCAAAAACUCAACCAAUUCCAUGCUAAGUUUAACAAGUUUAGGAAGAUACUCAUCGAAGACGAAAGUGGCGUUAGUAUGCGUGAUCUAAGAAAGCUCUCUUGGAACGGUAUCCCGGCGGAACUUCGGGCACUCACCUGGCAAAUUUUAUUGGGUUACUUGCCCACUAAUAAAACAAGACAGGGUUCUACUUUGAGGCGUAAAAGGCAGGAAUAUCUCGACGGUCUCGCCGAUGCUAAUUCUGAAGCGAUGUUUGAUGGAUCAGAGACGCCUGGUAACGAAUCUUCUGCACUGUUGCCUGCCUCCAACAAUAGGGAUAACAGUCAGAACAAAGAAAAACAGCUUCAUCAUCAGAUCAAGAUUGAUGUCAAAAGAACUAAUCCUUCAGUGAAGCUUUUUGGAUAUGAAGCUACUCAGAAAUCACUCCGGAAAGUCUUAUAUCUAUGGGCAAUCCGUCAUCCCGCUAGUGGGUACGUCCAGGGAAUAAAUGACUUGUGCACUCCAUUUUAUCAGAUCUUCUUGGCUAAUUACCUUUGGCAACUACAACAACAAAAAGCAUACGAAAAUGGUUACGGGGAAGAUCAGAGCGCUCUUUUCAUUCCAGGAUUAAUUGACGAAAGUGGAUCAGAUACUUACGAAAGGGAGAUACUCGACGAUCCCAAACUACCAACUUUGACAUGGGAAAACUUCGAUAGCAGUCGCCUUUCGUCCAGAGUAUCUGCAAUAAUUGAGGCGGACACUUACUGGUGCCUAUCAAAACUUUUAGAUAACAUCACGGAUAACUACAUUCAUGAGCAGCCCGGCAUCAUCAGACAAGUCAACGAUUUGAGAAAUCUAAUUUCCAAGAUUGACGUUUCUUUGCUCGAGCAUCUUGAACAUGAAGGAAUCGAAUUUAUUCAAUUUGCAUUCCGGUGGAUGAAUUGCUUGCUUAUGAGAGAGCUUUCCAUAGGUCUAAUUGUUAGAAUGUGGGACACAUACCUCAGCGAAACACCACUUGGUUUUAACAAUUUUCAUGUUUAUGUCUGUGCUGCAUUUCUUAUAAAGUUCACAGGUGAACUUAAGCAGAAGGACUUCCAAGAGAUUUUACUUUUCCUUCAGAAUCCGCCCACUGCCUCCUGGACGGAGAAAGAUGUGGAAUUGAUGUUAAGUGAGGCUUUCAUAUGGCAGAGUCUUUACAAGAAUGCAUCGGCUCAUCUCAGGUGA